ACAAAUGUAAAGAAGAAAAAUCAGUGCCUAACGUCACUUCAUGAUGGCAGCCAGCAACGCAGCAGUUUCAGUUCUUACCCCAAAUGGAAGAAGGCAAACUGUAAAAGUGUCACCGAAUACAUCUCUUUUGCAGGUUCUAGAGGAGGUUUGCAUGAAACAUGGAUUUAAUCCGGAUGACUACGGAUUGAGGUUCCAGAGGAGCGUGCUGGAUCUGUCUCUGCAGUGGCGCUACACCGGCCUGCCCAAUAAUGCCAAGCUGGAGGUGGUGACCAGUACCAAGCGCCAGGCAGGAACAGAUAACACCGUACUUAUCGCCGUGCAGUUGGAGGACGGUAACCGUCUGCAAGGUGCAUUCCGUUGUGGGCAAAGCCUCUGGGACCUGCUGAGCCACUUCCCCGAAUUAAGGAUCUCUGAUGAAGAAGACGCCAUACCUACAUGUGUUUACAUGAGAGAUGAGAUCACUGGGCAACAAACUCUCCAGAAGACGACUCUGAAAUCUCUGGGGUUGACUGGAGGCAAUGCUAUCAUCAGAUAUAUGCUGAAAAAAGCCAAGAAAGAGGGGGAUGGGAAUUCCUGUGAGGCAGCUGCCAUGCCGGCGGAUGGAGAUGCCACGGAGUCCCCAGUGCACCAUACUAGUCAGCCUGUGCCCACUCAGCCACCAGGAGGCGCUGUGCACCAUACUAGUCAGCCUGUGCUCCCUCAGCCACCAGGGGGCGCUGUGGCUAAUGAUAUGGCAGAGAAGACAUCCUCCUCUCCCGUGACCAUGGAAACGUGCAGCGUUAUUCCUUCCUCAGAUGUGUCUGCCAAGUCAUGUCACGUUCAGACAAGAAAGAAUGAAACGUCCCCAGGGUUAGACUCCCAGGCAUCGGUGAGGUCCAGAAAUCAGUCUCGGGAGAAGCAAAAAGAACCAGAAGUAGAGAAGAUCCUGAAAGCUGAAAGACACCCGGAGGAGACACCCAGUUCUUCUAGAGCGGGCCAGAGUUCAAGCAAGACCUCUGCACACAGCACCUUCGUGCCCUUCUCAGGGGGAGGCCAGUGUCUGGGGAGCACUGGCACCAGUAGCAUGAGGGCCUCCUCUUCAUCAUCAUCAUCUUCAUCAUCGCUCAUAGCGGGUCCUCCUGAAGCCAAGAAACCCAAAUCUAGCCAUGAAAUAAAGAAGACCACCUGUGUCAAAGCCAGUGACGAACAGGGUUUUAGAAGGCAAGAUGCAGACUGGGAUGGAACUUUAGAGCAAGUAGAUAGAAAAUCUCUGGUCUAUCAUAUGGAUGCCGGAGCCCAUGAGGAUGCCGAUCAGGACCUGCCAGACGAGUUCUUUGAAGUUACUGUGGACGAUAUCAGGAAACGCUUCGCCCAGCUGAAGAGUCAGAGGAAGUUGUUGGAGGAAGCCCCUCUUCUGACGCAAGCCCUACGAGAUUCCCAGGUGAAGGACAAGAUGGAGAGGUACCCUUUUGUAGUUCUUAGAGUCCAGUUUCCAGACCGGUAUAUUUUACAGGGAUUCUUCAGACCCCUGGAGACAGUUACUGCUUUGAGACAGUUUGUGAAGGCCCAUCUGGAGGAUCCAAACCUCAGCUUCUACUUGUUCAUUACUCCCCCUAAGGCCAUUCUGGAUGACUCCUCUACACUCUUCCAGGCUAACCUCUUCCCUGCUGCUAUCGUAUACUUUGGCUCAGAUGUCAAGACAGAUUGUUUCUUACGGAGAGAAGUUUUGGACUCUAGGGUCAAUGCUCAUCAAGCAGAUGAACUCAUAGCUGGCUCCAUCUCCAAGUCUUCAGUUCCAUCUUGCCCCUCACUGCCCUCGGAGGAGUCCUGUCCCCUGCCAGCAGUGCCCAGUGCAUCCCCCCGUCAGCCGGACGCAGCGGAGCCCCACGCUCAGGCGCCCAGGCCAGUUGAUCCCACCAACAUGCCUAAGUGGCUCAAGCUACCAGGUAAAAAAUGAAUGAACUGAAGAUGUUUGAAGAGAAGAAAAUAUUAUGUAAUUCCAGUCUGAAAGAAAUGACCAGUCAUGAAUUUAGUGCCAUUGCAUCUCAUGGGUGAAAUGUAUUGGUAUAAUAAAUCAAAAUGAAUUUUGGCA